AUGGUAUGGUUGAUCAUGUCAUUCCUCUCUUAUGAGAAGUGCUCACCAGAACAGUCUGACAUGUCUUUCACUUCCAUUCCGAUACUGGAUUUUGCACAAACAUUGUCUCCAGCCACCAAGCCAGCUUUUUUAGGCAGCCUUCGGGAGGCUUUGGUGAAUGUUGGCUUUUUCUACCUUCAAAAUGUGCCCAUUCCACUUCAAAUACAAGAGGACUUCAUCGAUAAGGCCCUUCAUCUGUUUGAACUGCCGCUUGAGAAAAAACUGGAGAUCGAAAUGGUUCAUAGUCCACACUUCUUGGGCUACUCCAGGCUAGGAGCAGAAAUCACCGCGUUAAAGCCUGACUACCGUGAACAAUUCGAUUUUGCAACUGAGCUCCCUGCACCUGGUCCAGAUGAACCAUUGUAUAAAAACAUUGUUGGCCCCAACCAGUGGCCUGAUGAGACUGCACUUCCUGGAUUCCGGCAUGCACUUGAAACCUACUUAUCUGAAGUGAGCAGUCUGGCGGAGUCCUUUCCGGCGCUUAUCGCUGAAGCAUUAGAUCUCCCCCCGACUGCAAUGAACCAGGUCUUUGACAAUCCGCAGCAACACAAGCUCAAACUGAUCAAGUACCCCCCGCCACCUGCCUCCAGGACAGAGGAUUGCGGCUUUCAAGGAGUAGGGCCUCACAAAGAUUCGGGAUUUCUCACCUUCCUGUUGCAGGGGACCGCUCAUCAUGGCCUUGAAGUUCAAAACAAGACUGGAACGUGGAUUCCUGCUCCUCCGGUGCCAGGAACAGUGGUGAUCAAUAUUGGACGCUCCUUGGAGGCAUUGACCGGGGGAAUUUGCACCGCAACUACUCAUCGCGUCAGUUUACGGCAAGAAAACUUCCAAGAUGGCAACGGUGAUGCUCUGGGACCGAGAUUCUCUUUUCCAGUCUUCCAGGGUGUGAGCCUUGAUCUUUCUGAUAAGAUCUCCCUUGAAAUCCCCGAGCAUAUUCGCGCGCUCGUCAAGGAUGCCAAGGUCAAAUCAGACGCAGAGGCAACUUUCAACGAGAUGUUCCGUGGGAGCAUUGGUGAAGGCACACUCAUAGCGCGAAUCACCAGUCAUCAAGAUGUUGGAGAGCGAUGGUAUCCUGAAUUAUUAGCGAAAGCACUCCAGGGUCAGAAAGAGUUUCGAGUAUAG